AUGUCGCAAGCCCGAGUGGCCAUCCUCACAGUGAGCGACACCGCCGCGGCGGACACCACCCUGGACAAGUCCGGGCCCACCAUCCGCGAGGUCCUCGCCGGCGCAGGCUACGAGUGUAGGCACCUGCUCGUCGUCCCCGACGACGAGCCCCGCAUCCGGCACACCGUGCAGACGUGGGCCGAUCAGGGCGAUGUCGACUGGAUCGUCACCACUGGCGGGACCGGGUUCGGCGUGCGCGACCGCACACCGGAGGCGAUCCGCCCGCUCAUUGAGAGAGAAGCCCCGGGGCUUGUGCACCUCAUGAUGGCAGCAUCGCUGCAGAAGACACCUAUGGCUGCUCUGGCACGUCCCGUGGCAGGCACGGUAAAAGAUACGCUUGUGGUAACGCUCCCAGGCAGCGUAAAGGCCGUCAGAGAGAACCUCGAAGCGUUACUCGGGGAAAUUAGGAAGCUGCAUAGUGAUGUGCCAGGCGCCAGUGCCGUCAAUGAAUCCGUACAGUCUGAGCACACUCAUGCCCACCACCACCAUCAUCAUCACCACCAUGACCAUGACCACCAUGCGCCUCAGCCCAGGACUGCGCUGUCGCAUGACCCCUCACAACCAGUGACGACUCGGCAUCGGGAAUCGCCAUAUCCUCUAGUUACUGUUGAAGAAGCGCUAGCGUCCAUCCUGAAGGAAGUUGAGCCGCUGAGUAUUGCAGAGCAACCAGUCACACCACAACUCAAGGGGCAUGUCCUCGCCGAAGACGUGCAUGCGCCUCAGGACGUUCCUUCCACAUCGACCACCAGCGUAGAUGGGUACGCCCUCCGCUCCACCGACCCGCCAGGCAUCUACAAAGUCGUCACCGCCAAAACGCACAACCUCUCCGACGCCCUUCCCGCAGGGACGAUCUUCCGCAUCAACACAGGCGGGCCGCUCCCCGCCGGCGCGGACACGAUCAUCAUGGUCGAGGACACGCGGCUGCACAGCACGCACAAGGACGCGACCGGCGCGGACGUCGAGGAGGCGGCGGUCGAGACGCUCGUGGCCGUGCCCCCGGGCGAGAACGUCCGCGCGCCCGGGAGCGACACGCGCCAGGGCGCGCUCGCCCUCGAGCACGGGCAGGUGCUCCACGCUGCGGGCGGGGAGAUCGGCACCCUGGCGUUUGUGGGCAGGCGGCGCGUGCGGGUGUACGCGAAGCCGGUGGUGGCACUGCUGAGCACGGGGAACGAGCUGCUGGACUUGCAGGACCCGAAGCCGAUGCUCGGUGAGUGGGGCGGGAUUUGGGAUACCAACCGGCCGUCGUUGCAGGCGGUGUUGGAGGGGAUGGGGUAUCGGGUCAUAGACCUGGGCAUCGUACCCGACGAUCUCGACGCGCACGUCGCCGUCCUGAAGCAAGGCCUCGAGGAGGCCGACCUCCUGCUCACGACGGGCGGCACGUCCAUGGGCGCAAGCGACCUGCUCAAGCCCGUCAUCGAGCGGCACCUCGGCGGGACGAUCCACUUCGGGCGCGUCAAGGUGAAGCCCGGCAAGCCAACAACCUUCGCCACCGUCCCGACGCCCGCCGGACGCGUGCCCGUGUUCGCGCUCCCCGGCAACCCUGCCUCCGCGCUCGUGACGUUCCAUAUCUUCGUGCUCCCCGCACUGCGCAUGCUGGGAGGCUGGCCCGAGGCGCAGUGCCAGCUGCCGCGCGUGAAGGUUCAGCUACGCGACUCCAUGCGCCUCGACCCUCGACUGGAGUACCACCGCGUGGUCAUCAAGGCCGGCUCCGGCGGAUUGGUGGCGUACAGUACGGGCGGGCAGCGCUCCAGCAGGGUGGCAAGCCUCAGCGGAGCGAACGGUCUGGUCGCCCUCCCUCCACGAGCCUCCGAAGGGCCGUCCGAGCUGAAGGCGGGCGAAGUGGCCGAGGCGGUCGUCAUCGGGGAACUGCAGAUGCAAUGA